AGUUUACCAAGAGAUUGUUGUAUUCAAGGAAUUAUUUGUUUAUUAUCCGAAUUCGGUUUUAAAUAAUUAAUAAAAUGGCAGAGGAUAUCGAAAACGACGAUCAGUGGCUGUACGGCGACAAUUCGGAAGGAGUCGCUCAGCCUGUAGAAGCUGCACCAGCAGAAGAAGCUCCACCGGAAACCAACAAUGAAGAACCAACUACAGAAGAAGCUGCAACAGAUAAUGCUGAAGCUCCACCAAAUUUGGAUCCACCACCUGAAGAUUUUACUGCAAAUGAAUUUCAUGACGAUGGACCACCUGGAGUGGACGAUGUCCCACCUGAAUCACAAAACGGCGAUUUAGAAGCUCCACAAAAUGACACAGAAGAUGGCGAAUUGAACCAAAACGGGGAAGAAGAAGAUGAAGAUAAUCUGGAAGAUGAUUCAGAAGAAGAUGAUGUCAAUGUAGUAAUUGGAGACAUCAAAACCAGCGCCAGCUAUCCUCAGCAGCAACAGCACAGUAUUAAGCGAGGAGGUUUACAAACAACCAUAGGCGAUAAGAGCAAACAAAUUCAGCAAACUGGCAAAUUCCAAGUUGAAGAAUUCGAGCAAAUUGGUACAAUCAAUGGAGUGCCUGCUUGUGACUACAAUCUUGACGCUUUAGAAGAAAAACCCUGGCGCACACCUGGAGCCGAUAUUACAGAUUACUUCAAUUAUGGUUUCAAUGAAGACACUUGGAAAGCCUACUGUGAACGCCAAAAACGUGUUCGUAUCAACGAAUCUGGAGCAGGGUUGCCUCUAAUGAAUCCCAUAAAUGUACCACCCCGCAUGCCAAUGAUGCAACAAACCCCUCAAAACUUCAACAACAUGAUGGGGCCAAGACCAAUGAUGCCACCUCCAAUGAUGAUGAAUAACAUGGAACCACCCAAAACCAAUACAAUUCAAGUAAUGACUGCUGAUAGAAGAGAAUACAGCAGAAAGCCUGGUUUUCCAGAUUUGAGCCAACCCCCACCAAUGGGAUAUCCUGUUGAGCCUUAUAUACCUCCUCCUGAAUAUGGAUUCAAUCCAGAACCAGAACCGUUUUAUGGAGGUUAUGAACCUACUCAAGACUCUCAAUGGAUGGAAGGUCAAGGAAAUCCAAACUGGCAACCAACUGAAAUUAAAACUUUAACAGGAAGUCCUCCUAGAAUGAUGGCUCCGCCUAGAAGAUCUCCCAGUAGAAGUCAUAGAAGUCCUUCUAGGGAUGUUGACCGGGACAGGGAGGAGAGAAGUAGAUCAGUCAGGCUGAGAGACCACGACAGGGAAAAAUCUAGAAGGAGAGAUAGAUCUAGGAGUCGGUCCAGGAGACAUAAGUCAAGAUCUAGGAGUCCCAGUCAUAGAGCUCAUAAGAAAAAGAAGUCCAGCAGGCGUCAUGUUGACAGUGAAUGAUUUAAAAUUUGCUUGGCAUUUUUUUUCCAAAUAUAAAACUGGGUUUUUUUUGAGUGAGAUUGUCUCUCAAACUGGAACCCAAUUCCAAUUAUUUUAAAGUAGAAAUAAAUCUGAGGUUCUUGAGAAGGAA